AUGAAGAGAUUAUUCCAAAAUUUGUUAUUAUGCAUAUUAUACUGUAUGUAUUUAAAUUUCUGUUAUGCUGAUUCACAUGGUGAAAAAUUGAGUAAAUCUGAGUUUGAUAUAUGUGUUCAAGAAUGUGGUAAUCAAUAUGAAGAAUGUUCUAAAGCAAUACGUGAAUUAUGGAGAAAUUUUCAAAAAAAUAAAAAACAAAUUAUGAAAGUUAUGAAUAGUUGUUGUUUACGUGGUCAAGGUGAUCAUUCACAACCAUCAACAUUAAGUUUUGCUACAUGUGUACGUGAUAGAUGUGGUGCAGAAUUAUGGGGAUGUAACAUUAAGAAACGUCAUAGUGGUUUUCUAACUGAACAAGAAAUUGAAUAUAUCAAACAAAAAGAAUCCCGCCAAAAAAAGAAAAAUUUCACAGUAAAGUAAAAGAAUUCUCAAAUAGAAAAAAAGCAAUAUAUAAUGACUUUCAGUUAAUAAACACAUUCUAAUUGUAACUGUAAUAUCUCUAUUUUUCAAUUACAAUAUUAUUUGAUGCAUAAAUUCACCGAAAAUAUGUAUUUACUUUUGCAUUAAAUGAAAAUAGAAAACUGUUAUCA